AUGACUCGGCGUGUUCUUUUUCUCCUCGCUUUCACUUUAGCUAUCUUAGUUUCUCAAAUCAAUUCUCAUGGUCAUGGUCAUUCACACGAUCAUGGCCACGGACAUUCUCAUGAUCACGGACAUGGACAUGGACAUGCCCAUGAUCACGGACAUGAACAUGCACAUGGACAUUUCCAUGAUGAACCACCAUCGUUCAAAUACUCUCGUGAAGCAAAUGAAGCUCUGCAAAAACAUUCUCAACAUGAAGAAACGGUAACUUAUGCUCCACCACAUUAUAAUGACGGAAGUGAUAGUGAUAGUGAUGAUGAAGAUGGUGAAAAAGUGGCUCCAUUUUCUGUUAUAACAUGGGCAUUGUUAUCAACAGUUGGAAUAAGUUUAGCACCAGUUAUUAUUUUACUCUGUAUAAAUGUAACGAACACUCCGAAACAUCAGUCGUUAUUAAAAAUUCUUUUGAGUUUUGCAUCAGGUGGUUUAUUAGGUGAUGCAUUUCUUCAUUUGAUUCCGCAUGCAAUGAUGGCACAUGGUGGUCAUAAAGAACAUGGCCAUUCACAUUCACAUUCACAUUCUGGUGCACAUGAUCAUUCAGCCGAUAUUCAAGUUGGUUUAUACAUUCUUCUCGGAAUCUUUCUUUUUCUUAUUGUCGAAAAAUUAGUUCGUCAUGUUAAAGGUAAUGAGCAUUCUCAUGGUCACACUCAUGAAGUCGAUACACCAAUCGCUACUGAAGUUACGGAUGAUGAUGAUGAUCCUGAUGAGAAGAAGAAGAAAAAGAAAGACAAGAAAUCACCGAAGAAAGUUGAAAAGAAAACAGAAAUUACACCAAGAUCUGACAUGAAAAUCUCCGGAUAUUUGAAUUUAAUCGCUGAUGGUCUUCAUAAUUUUACUGAUGGUUUAGCUAUUGGUUCAACUUAUUUACUUGGCCGAACAGUUGGUUUGACAACUACAUUCACAAUCUUCCUUCAUGAAAUUCCUCAUGAAAUUGGUGAUUAUGCUAUUUUAAUUCAAAAUGGUUGUAGUCGAAAAAAGGCAAUAUUUUUACAAUUAACAACAGCAUUUGGUGCUUUACUUGGUUGUUUAAUUGGUUUAUUAUUUCAUUCUGCAGGUACAGAAGUUUGGGCAACUCAAACAUUUCUUCCCAUAACCGCUGGUGGCUUUAUCUACAUUGCAACUGUUAGUGUCAUUCCUGAAUUAUUAUCAACUAACACAGGACUUAAACAAUCGUUAAUGGAAUUGUUGGCAUUGAUUAUGGGUGUUCUCAUUAUGGUUUGUGUUGCAAUUUUCGAAUGA